GUUGAAAACUACACAGAGUCUACAGUUAAUUAAUAAGAAAAAGCGAAGAGCUUGACUUGAUUAAUAUCAAAGUCUUCUCUCCGUACAACAUGGAAAUGGGUAUUUGGGUUUCACUUCUCAUUUCUAAUUAAUUCCUAGCUGAUAAUAAUAAUUCUGGUCACAAUUAAAGCUUCUUCUUUGCUCUUUCACUUCUAUGGUGAUUUCCAAAAAGCCAUUUGUUUUUCAAAGGACAAGGGCUUGUUCUGAGUUCUUUUUCCUGGUUGUAUAUUGCUGACAGCCUGAUAUAGAGUAUCGGGAGGUUGCUCAAAGGGAGAGAUGUUGGAUGCUUUCUGAAAUCCGAUAAUUGAUUUCUAUUUCGGAUUAGCGAUUGGUCUUAACGAAUUAGUGGGAAAGAACGACCCAUUGCAAUGGCAAUGGAACUUAUACCGAUUGGGACCAUCUUGGCUUUGGUAACAAACCAGGUAAUGAAAACAGCUCAGGCUGCAAAGGAUAUUGUAAUUGAGAAGGAAAGUUUCAAAGUCCUGUCAAAGCAUCUCUUUGACAUAGAGCCUCUGUUGAAGGAAUUGCAGCUUCGGCAGUUGAAUGAUUCUCCCGCAGCAAGGCUAGCUCUAGAGGCUCUGGAGGCAGAUGUCAAGAAGGCGAAUACUUUGGUCGAGAAAUACAAAAAUAGAGGCCGUUUCUACUUACUUGUAAAGUGCCGGCACAUUGUUCAUGAGGUGCAAGAAGUCACAAGAGAUAUUGGAAGGUCUUUGGCAGCAUUCUCUAUUGCCAAUACGGAAGUUCUUUCGGGUAUAUCUGAUCAGGUCAAUAGGCUACAGAGUGAGAUGCAAAAAGUAGAGUUCAAGACUUCACAUUCUCAACUCCAAAUCGUUGACAAGUUAAACCAGGGUCUAAGGGAUCAAAAACGUGACCAGUGUUUCGCGAAUGAUAUGUUGGAAGAAAUAGCAAGGGCAGUUGGGGUACCCGUUGAGCCUUCUGAAAUUAGCAAGGAGCUAGCGAGCUUUAGAAGGGAAAUAGAAGAAGCUGGCAAUAGGAAAGAAAGAGCCGAAGUUCUCUUCUUGGAACAAGUUAUCGAGCUACUUUCUCAAGCGGAUACAGCGAGAGAUUUCGAAGAAAUGAAGAAGCAGUAUUUUCAAAGGGCUCAGGUUAUACAACGGUACGAUACACAGAAAGAGUACAUCCCUCCACUUAAACCUUUCAAAUGUCGUAUAAGUGGGGAAGUAAUGGUUGAUCCCGUAAGCCUUUGUACUGGUACCACGUGCGAGAGAGCUGCUAUUGAAGCUUGGUUUGACUGUGGGAAGAUAACUGAUCCAGAUACCGGUGAUGUUCUCGAAGAUACUUCUUUGAGAUCUAACCUUCCACUCCGACAAUCAAUAGAGGAAUGGAGAGAACUGAACUAUUGCCUUAAAAUCCGAGCUUGUCAGGCAAAGUUGUCAUCAGGUGUUGAUUUAAAAGUCGAGGAAGCCUUGAACCAAAUGCAGGAGCUUAUCAGAGAAAAUUCUAUAAACAAGGACUGGAUUUCCAUCGGAGGGCUCACUGAUAAAAUAAUUUCUAUCCUCGGAAGCUCUCACAACAGAGAAGUCAGGAAGAAGAUUUUAAUCACCUUGAAAGAUAUGGUGGAAGGGCAUGCAAGAAAUAAGGAAAAAGUGAUUGAGCAUCAGGGGUUUGAUUACAUUGUUCCGUGUUUAGGCCGUGAUCGAAGUAUCUCAAUGGCUGCAGUUGAACUGCUAUAUGAGUUAUUGCAAGAUAGAUCUAAAUGGAACGAGUCUUUUUGCUGUCAACUCUCUCAGCAAAGCAGCGCAAUUCUUUUUCUUGUUACCCUUCUAAAGGGUCCGGUCAGAGAGUCGGCAGACCAUGCCGAAAAAAUAUUGAAUAAGCUUUUUGAUGUUGACGAGGAGAACAUUUCUCGAGCUGCCAAGUCAGGGUGGUAUAAACCACUCAUUGAUCACAUCGUUCAAGGGCCGGAGUCUUCACGGAUGUCAAUGAUGAAAGCAUUGGUUACCAUGGAAUUGGUUGAUUCGAAUUUAAAAGUUCUUGGUGAAGAAGGGAUCAUACCUCCGUUGCUUUCAAUGGUGGCAUCUGGCAAUAUUGAAUUAAAGGAGUUGUCAUUAUCCGUUUUGGUCAAACUAUCCAGUUGUCAUGCUAAUAAAGAGCUUAUUGCUACUGGUGGUGGAGUUCCUCUUGUUCUGAAACUAAUGUUCUCUCCCCAUGUGUGUACAAUUCUUAUAGUCAGAUGCUCUGAGAUUGUUGAGAAACUUUCUUCUGAAGGCAACGGGGUUAAAUUUUUUGUUGAUGAAAAAGGGGUUCAACUUGAAUUGGAGCCAAUCAUCCGUGAAUUGUUGGCUUUGCAACAAAAUUCCAAAUCAUCGAACAAUUUCCGGAGGCCUGCUUUACGUGCACUGUUAGGAAUGUGCAGGUCUGAAGCUAAGCUGGUUAAAACUGCUGUUUUAACUGCCAAUGGUGUAUCGUUAGUCCUUCCUCUUCUUGAUGAUCCAGACUCGGAAAUAAGAGAAAUUGCAGUAAACCUUCUCUUCUUAUUUUCUCAACACGAAUCACAAGGAGUUGUAGAAUACCUUCUUAUGCCGAAACGGUUGGAGGGUCUAGUGGGGUUUCUCGAAAAUGACUAUAACAGUGAUGUCAAGAUGGCCGCUGCCGGUUUAUUAGCCAACCUCCCAAAGUCUGAAACAUCACUAACAAAAAAAUUGAUCAACUUGGAUGGACUUCCAGCAAUUAUAAAUCUUUUGAAAUCCGGUACGAUGGAAGCUAAAGAACAUGCUUUAAGUGCUCUCUUUAGGUUUACAGAUCCCGCAAAUGUCAAGUCACAGCAGAUUGUGGUUGAACACGGAGCUUACCCUUUGUUUGUAAAUUUCCUCAAAGUUAAUUCAGUAACAGCGAAGGCAAGAGCAGCGGCUCUUAUUGGUAAUCUAUCAAUGAGCAGUCCUAAGCUCACUGUGGCGUCUGAAAAAACCGGUUGCUGGUGUUUUCGAACAUCUCGUGUUCCUGUAUGCCCUGCACAUGGUGGUAUUUGCAAUGUAAACACCUCGUUUUGUCUGUUGGAAGCAAAAGCAUUGCCUUACAUAGUAAAACUCUUACACGAUGAAGUCGAGGCGACUGCUUAUGAAGCAAUUCAGACGCUUUCAACAUUGGUUCAGGACGGUUGUACGCAGAGAGGAGCCAUCGUUUUGCAUGAGGCCGGAGCAAUAAACCCCGUGUUAGAUAUUUUGACGUGGGGAACGGAUUCUCUGAAGGGAGAGGCAGUCGGUCUCCUGGAGAAGAUUUUCAUUUCAAAGGAAAUGGUGGACAGCUACGGAACUAAAGCUAGAUAUCUUCUUGUUGGUCUGACCGGCCGGAAUGUUCACGAUGACGGCCUUCUGGGGAGGAAAGUUGCGAAAGUUUUAUCGCUUGUCGAACGAUAUUCAAAAUCUUCAACAUCUAUUAUUCCAGGACUGUUUUGAUCAAAAACUAUGAUCGCUGAAACCAAGAAUUCGACAUUAGACCGACAUAUCCCAGGGUUUGUCGACAUUAGUUAGUGUUCUUGGUGUACAAAUUUGUGAUGCAAAUUUCAUUUGGUCUACACUUAUUUGUGAAUACUAUUAUUUGGCAAGACGAAUAGGAGUAUCUUAAUGGUUCGAGUAA